UUUCGAUAAAUGCUGGAGUCAAGUGCGUGACUUUAGUGGGUUGCAACUUGCACAUUAAGCUCCUAAAAAAAAGAUUACUGGUCACUACACGAAGCUCAUCAGGAAUCUUAAGGGUGCUCUGCUUUCUGUCGUCCAGUUUUGCGAGGGCGUCCUCGCUCAUCCUCCAUUCCCCAUCCUCUGGUUUGAACUGAAUAGCUGUUUGAAGAGGAUGGGCUGUGCGACCUCAAAGAAGCUGAGCACAGAAGACGACGUCGUGUCCUUCUGCGGAGAAAGGAAAUGCCUCGUCAAAUUGGCCCUAGUGCGCAGGUAUGCAUUUGCAGAGGCAUACUCAAAGUAUAAUCAAUCUCUCUAUUCCAUGGCAUUGGCCUUAAGGUUGUUCGUGGCCAGACAUUCCUCGCCAUCUUCUCCGUUUCUCAUCACCUACCCUUCCAAUCUUACCUCUGGAACUGCAACUCUCAUUGACAGUCCUGUGUUUCUUCAACAUAAACCAUCUGAGCCCCGCCACGAAGGAACCCCAGAAGGCAAAGAAUCUGAAGAUAGAAGAAACUGCGAUGAAAAAGAUGAAGAGGUCAGUAACGAAGAGGAACCCUUGUGCGAGCAUUUUUAUGGUGAUGUGGGUGCACCCUCGGCAUCCCCAAGGAGAAGUUAUCAGUGGGAUUUUUUCAACCUGUUUGAUGUAAGAGGGUUAACUCAGAACACUGAUGAAGGUAGUGAAAGAAUGGGACGUGGAAAAGGAGUUAUGGAUGAGAUUAAGGCUACCAGAAACAGGGAUGAUGCCAAACUGGAAGCACGUGAGAGCGAAAAUUUGAGGCAGAUUAAUAGAGAAAUAGAUGGGUGGGAACUGUUGGAAGCAUUGAAGGAUGUAGAGGACCAUUUUAUGAAAGCUCACAACUCUGGUAAGGUUGUCUCAAGGAUGCUUGAGGCUAAUAGAGUCCCUUUGCUAUCUGGCCUGGACGAUAUCAAAGAGGGCUCCAGGAAACUGAUUCGGUCAAUAACAUGGAACCGAUCCAAUUCAUUGCAUUCUUCCUCCAGUAAGAGUCUGCUGAUUUCAAGUUGGCGAAGUUCUUCCUCAUCGACAGAACUUGGUGUUGAUUCGUGUGAUGAAUGUGGAGGAAUGGGAUCUGGCAGCCACGCAUCCACAAUAGAAAGAUUGUAUGCUUGGGAGAAGAAACUUUAUGAGGAGGUUAAGGCUGGAGAGGAAAUCUGGAAAUUAUUUGAGAGGAAGCGCUCUCGAUUUAGAAAUAAAAAAGCUCGCAAAGAUUAUCUCGAACAUGGGGAUAAAUCUACUGCUGAAGUAAUAGAAUUACAUACCAGUCUACUGGUUUCCGCUCAAGCUGCUGAAUCGAUUUCAAAGAGAAUCCAAAAACUGAAAAAGGAAGAAUUGUUACCGCAACUUGUUGAGCUGCUAAAUGGCCUCAUGAGGUACUGGAAGAUGAUGUUGGAAUCACAUGAAACCCAAUACCAAAUCUUGAAUCAAGUGAGAUUCUUUAAUUGUCCUGCUUAUGGAAAUUUUUGCAAUAGCUCGCAUCGCUUAGCCACAAUUGGGCUGGAGGCAGAACUUCACAACUGGCGUACUUGCUUGGCCGCCAUUGUUUCUGCAGAGAAGGCAUAUAUUGAGGCUCUUCAUGGAUGGGUAUCUAAGUUCACAGUCAGUGAAGUUGAUGAAAUCUACUCUUGGGGAAUAUACUCGACUCUGCCAUGUAAGAUAAAUAAGCCACCAAUACUCGAAAUAUUUCAUGACUGGUUGGCUUGGCUGGAGAAAAUGCCUGACAAGAAAGUAACCACCGCAAUAAAAAGCUUUGGUAAAGAGGUACAGUCUCUCUGGGCUCAACAGGGGAAGGAGCUGAGACAGAAGAGGAAGGUUGAUGAACUUGCAAAGGAAGUUGAUAGAAGGAGUACUGCUUUUCAAAGGGAGGAAUGCAGAAUUCUUGGUCCAGGGAAAUUUGUACAGGAGGCAGAUGUAAAUGUGCGUACUCAAAUUCAAUAUUUGUUAAAACAAAAAGAUCUUUUGGAGAUAUAUCGGAAGAAGCUAGAUGCAGGGAAAGCAAAGCACCAAGUUAGUAUGCUAGAGACACAGCAUAUUACUCUGGAGGCUUUUCAGAGUGAUUUCUGUUGUGUUUUAGAGUCGUUGGCUGAGUUUUCAAAGGCUUCUAUCGAAGUGUAUGCAAGCCUUGUGACAUUCAGCGAAAAUGCAAAGAUGCGUUAGAAGAGAAUGGUAGUUAGCGUUGCAACAAGAGAUCCGCACUCAAUGCUUCAGUUGAAGCCGCCAAUUUUGCUAGACUUGGUCUUUUUUUUUGUAGUGUUGCAUGUUUCAGUAUGGUCAAAAUUGAGAUACCUCAUGGGGUGCGGAUCUUAAAUAAAGUAACGGCUUAGGAGUUCCAAGUCGAGCGAAGGUCCCUCACAGCAAAAGUUUGAUCAUAUGUAUCUAAUGAGAUGAUAAUUUUUUUUGCAGCAAUAUUUUUUGGAUUAUUAUGGGCAAGCAAAUAGCUUGAGGCAGUGAAUCAAUUAAGCCCGUAACUUCUUACUUAUAGAA